AUGAAUGACAAUAGUUAUGAUCUGUCAAUUUCAAGUAAAUUCCCAGAAGAACAAUCCUAUUUACAGGAAAAUAACAAUUCAGUUGAUGCUGGAACUAUAAUGUUAUCAGUUUGUUUACUACGGCAAACGUUCGACGCAGCGUAUCAAAAUUUCGAUCAUAUAAACAAAAAGUUAGAUUAUUUACAAUAUUUUUCCCCCAAUAUGUUCUGGGAAUUCACACCGCUUUUGUUAAGAAAUAUGAUGGGCCUACUGACAACAAACGAAAAACAAUUUCAUGAAUUCAAAUUAACUGAUCAAAUAUACGAUAUAUUUAAAAUAGAUCUUGUUUCAAAUUCAGACAAAUGGCAGAAAAUUAGCUCAAUAUCGUAUGACAUUUUAAAUUGUCGAAAUUCAAAACACAUAUCGCCAAAACAUUACCUAAUUGGCGAAUUAUUGUCAAAACAUGACAAUUCAUUGCAGCUGCUUGAAACAAUUAACAAAUUGGGUCAUUGUUGCUCCUAUGAUACUCUGAUCCGACUCCAUACAGAAGUUGCCAAACAAGAAUCAACGUUAUUCAAUAUACCAUCGAAUGCAUUAAAAAAUUGUUUCAGUAUCAAAGCAGUCGACAAUUUUGAUUAUUGUCCUGAAACAAUACAUGGAAGAGAUAGUUUACAUAUAGUGACACAAAUAAUCAUACAAAAUCCAACAAACUAUAUUCACCAACAACCGCCAUCUUCUACACCAGUACAUAUAAAAUCGACCAAUGACAAAGCAGAACUAAUCAAUCGUCCACGUCAACGCAACUAUAAUAGUGUAUCACCACCACAACAUUCCACAUUAUGA